AUGCCUGUUGGUCUUCAACUGAUUACACUGGUUGGGUCUUUAAUCCACGAUGAUCUUCCUUGCAUGGACAACGAUGAUCUUCGGAGAGGGAAACCAACUAAUCACAAAGUUUUUUGUGAGGAUAUCGCUUUCUUAGCUGGGGAUGCUCUUUUAGCUUUUGCUUUUGAACAUGUAGCUAUUUCUACAGUUGGUGUUAAACCUGGUAGGAUUGUAAGGGCAAUUGGAGAAUUAGCUAAAUCUAUUAGGGCUGAAGGGUUGGUGGCUGGUCCAGUUGUGGAUAUAAAUAGUGAGGGACUAACAGAUGUGGGGUUGGAUCAUUUAGAAUUCAUUCAUGUUCAUAAAACUGCUGCUUUGCUUGAAGCUGUUGUGGUUUUAGGGGCAAUUCUUGGAGGUGGAUGUGAUGAAGAUGUGGAAAGGUUGAGGAAAUUUGCAAUGUAUAUUGGGCUUUUGUUUCAGGUUGUGGAUGACAUUCUUGAUGUGACAAAAUCAUCUAAGGAAUUAGGGAAGACUGCAGGAAAAGAUUUGUUGGCUGAUAAAGUCACUUAUCCAAAGUUGAUUGGAAUAGAGAAGUCAAAAGAGUUCGCAGAGAAAUUGAGAAGUGAUUCGUUGGAGUUGCUCCAAGGAUUUGAUUCUGAGAAAGCUGCCCCUUUGAUUGCUUUGGCUAAUUGCAUAGCUUACAGGCAAAACUAACUCUUUUGUUUUUGUUGUUGUAUAAUUCUUAUUCUUGUUGGUUGACGAAAAGGCCUUGAUUUGAUGCUUCUUGUUAUGUUUGAUACAAAAGGCUUUAUGAAAGAAGUAGGAGAAAUAGUUCUAAUGUUGGAUGUAUUCUUCUACAAGGAUGAUAAUGAUAGAAUAUCAUUUUUCUCUUUGUUGCUGUAAUUUAUAUUAUAUAAAAUUCCCAUUAAAUUGGGAUUUAAU